GGUGGGAGGGCCGCGAUGGGAGAGGGCAUGUCCAAGAGGCUGAAGGUGCAGCUGGGCGGCGAGGCGGAGAUGGAGGAGAGGGCCUUCAGCAACCCUUACCCGGACUACCAGCCCCACGGAGCCGCCGCCGCCGCCGCCUCCUCGCCCAGCGGGGCCCCGCCUUCGCCCAGCGACUCCGAGGGAAAGCGCUGCCGCCCGCCUUCGCCGGACGGGGACGGAGGAGAACCCCCGCUCUUCGACGCCGACGGGAAGAUCUGCUCUUAUUUCAGUAAAAGGAUCACAACUAAAAUUAAGGAUUUGCUGCAGCAAAUGGAAGAAGGGCUGAAGACUGCAGAUCCUCACGACUGCUCUGCAUAUACUGGCUGGACAGGGAUAGCCCUUUUGUACCUUCAGCUGUACCGUGUGACGCAAGAACAAAGUCAUCUGCAGCGAUCCCUGGAUUAUGUGAAGAGGAUCCUACGCAAUCUGAAUGGAAGGAGGAUUACUUUCCUCUGUGGUGAUGCUGGACCCUUGGCGGUGGGAGCAGUGGUCUACCACAAGCUGAAGAAUGACACUGAAUCCAAGGAAUGUGUGACCAAACUUUUGCAGCUCCAGAGAAUGGUUCUUGCCACAGAUUCUGACCUUCCAGAUGAGCUGCUUUAUGGAAGAGCUGGUUACUUGUAUGCCUUGCUUUAUCUGAAUACUGAAAUUGGACCUGAGGCUGUGCCGCAGUCUGCUAUCAAGGAGGUGGUGGAUUCCAUCAUUGAAUCAGGUAAAAACUUUUCCAGAGAGGAACGAAAGACAGAACGGUGUCCAUUAUUGUAUCAGUGGCACAGAAAACAAUACGUUGGUGCAGCCCAUGGCAUGUCUGGGAUCUACUAUAUGCUUAUGCAGCCAGUGUGCAAUGUGGAUCAAGAGACUUUGAGAGAACUGGUGAAACCAAGCAUUGACUAUGUGCGCCAUAAAAAAUUUCGAUCUGGGAAUUAUCCAUCGUCUUUAAGUAAUGAAACUGACAGGCUGGUGCAUUGGUGCCAUGGUUCCCCAGGAGUCAUCCAUAUGCUCAUGCAAGCAUAUAAGGUUUUCAAAGAGGAUAAAUAUUUGAAGGACGCAAUAGAAUGUAGUGAUGUCAUUUGGCAGAGAGGAUUGUUGAGGAAAGGCUAUGGCAUCUGCCACGGGACAGCUGGCAAUGGCUACUCCUUCUUAUCCCUCUAUCAUCUCACUCAGGAUAAAAAGUACCUCUAUCGAGCUUGCAAGUUUGCAGAGUGGUGUCUGGAUUAUGGUGCACAUGGCUGUCGUAUUCCUGACCGACCCUAUUCACUGUUUGAAGGUAUGGCAGGAGCUAUCCACUUCCUCUCUGACAUAAUCGACCCCCAGAACUCCCGCUUCCCAGCAUUUGAACUCGGCCCUCAAAGGAAAGAAAGCAAAGAGGAGCAGAACAGCUAAAUGGAAACUGGAGAUAAUGCCCAAAGCAACAUGACUGCUUAGUGCCUCAAGUGAAGUCUGGAGGAAAAACUCUUUCUCGCCUGUUCUCCAAAGAACCACACUUGUCGUUGCUGCAUGAGCGAGAGAAUUCCACGUUUCAUUCUAAGAGAUGCCUUGAGCUGUGGCAGUGAGCAGGCUUAAGUUCAUUGGGACUCUUGCUUUUUCAGUUUUCACAGUUGUCCUUUCAGGUCUUUCUGAGUGUGUUUGCAUGUUCCUUGGUGUUGUCCGUAACUGUAAAGUUUUUUCCCGUUCAUUGUGAA